CCCGCCCCGGCUGAGACUUGGUAUCGUCCAAGAUGGCAGCCUCCGUGUUGAAACGAUGUGUAACUGCAGCCCUCAAAGUUAAAGGUUUAUCUCCGUCUCUUUCAGCCAGAAGAUGGUUGCUCUCUGCGGCUUACACAGACACCAAAGUGUGGGAGGCAAGGGAGACAGAUCCGCAAAACCUGGCUGUACUGGCCAACACUAUGGACAUAACGUACGAGAGGAAUUUACCAGUUAGCUCUCUGACUGUGUCCCGGUUCGUUGACAACAUAACAUCCAAAGAGGAGGUUGAGCAAGCAGAGUAUUACCUUUACAAGUUUCGCCACAGUCCAAAUUGCUGGUACUUGCGAGACUGGACCAUUCACAGCUGGAUCAGGCAGUGUGUGAAAUACGAGGCCAGAGAUAAGGCCCUCCACACACUGAAAAACAAGGUCCAGUAUGGAAUAUUUCCAGACAACUUCACCUUCAACCUGCUCAUAGAUUCCUAUAUUAAAGAUGGAGACUUUAAGAGUGCGUGCUCUGUGGUUGAAGAGGUGAUGCUUCAGGAAGCCUUCGACCUUCCCUCCACUCAGAUCCUGUCUCUGUACACUCUAGGAAAUUACCUAGCAACCAAACCGCAGCUCACUGUGUCCGAGGAGCGGGCUUUGGGGGCUUCGCUGCUCAUCUGCGGACUGACACAGGAUAGCACCAUUGGCCACAGCGCUCAGCUCCUUGGCAAUGCUCUCCUCGGCAAGGUGGAGAAUUUAAAGGGCAUAAAUGCCGUGUUUAAAGGGAUGCCUCUGUUCUGGGAUCGAGGAUAUCUGGGCCAAGCUUUGGCCGUCAUGGAGAAGGUGGCUCUUGCUUCUGGUGAUGUCAAGCUGUCCAAAGACACACUGGACCACGUGAACAACCUGCUGCAGGAACUGUCCUCGACCUCCGACACAGACUCUUCUGGAGAGGAGUCAGGAGGCGAGGAGGGCAACAAGGAAGAGGCGCUGGAUGAGGACGACCAGGUCGAACAGGCCAAGCUGCCGCAGUAUGCCAGCAGAUUCAAGGAGCUGAGCAGCCAACUGGAGUCUCAGGGUAAAGUGGAUCCUGCCUCCUUCCAGAGUUUAGUCACCGCUCUGGCCCAGCAGAACCUGGCCGCGGCGGAGAAAGCGGACCUGGAGCAGUACAAGACCAGGGUGCAGGACUGGGAAGCCGAGAGGAGGCAGCUGAUCCAGAGAGAGAAGGAGGUGAGGGAGAAGGCUGAGGAGGAAAAACAAAAGCGAUUAGCUGCUAGGGCUGCAGCUCAGUAGGAUACAUUCGUAGCCUCCGGCGAUGCAAAUAUAUGAAACAUGUCACCAGUUCUUCUUGUAUAUAUCAGUUAUUGUGUGCUUCUGUGAAAAGUGCUGCUCUGUUUUUGUGAGCGGGGCUAAUACAAAUACCCUGUCAAAAUAAAAUUGAUUUCUGUUUGUAUCAGAAA